AUGCCUUAUAAUACUCGUCGCAAGUCACUCUCGCUUCCGUCCCUGGGCAUUCAUCUUCCUAGUGCCUCCCGCCGAUCCCCGUCUGCCUCGAAAUCGCCACACGCGACCGACGAGCAGCAGCCUCCCUCCAAAAAAGUAAAGAGGUCGCACGACUCGGUUUCGCUAUCCCCAGAGCCUACCGCCGAGUCGAUACCAAACGCGAAGGAGCGGGUGCCUGUACGUUCGACUGGUCGGCGCGGAGCGCUGGAACAAACGCCACCCCCAUCCCCCCUCGAUGGAAGUGUUGCGCCCAAGAUCGAUACGGAAGGCAUCAACGAUGAUAUCGUGGUCGGCGUGAUAGAACAGUUGGAGAAGACAGGGAAUCGCCCACAUCUGGUCAAAGAGCUCGCCGCCGUUCUAGUGACGCUCAAUGAGAAUGUCGCAAACUCCGCGAAUCCCGCCGCUCUUCUGUCCUCCCGAUUGAGCACAUAUAUGAAGCGUCCUUGGACGGCGCUCGCACCGUGUCCUCUGGCAAAGGAGCUGAUUCCAGUUCACCCUCGCAAAGUGUACUAUUACCUCUCAACGUCUCCCCGUCAGCCUCUGCCGGAGAAUUCGGACGAUAUUAUCAUCCCGGGCGUGGAGGGGAAACACAUCACGCCCAGCGUGUCUAGCGCCGAUAUGGACGAGGAAGACGCGUUGACGCGGGAAAGAUCGCGCCUCAGCCCGAGUCCGGAGGUGGACCUAUCCUCUCCCGACUUCGAGGAAGAGAAUAUUGAUCUGGAUACCCGUGAUGAUAGCGUGGCGAGACAAUGUGGUACCGAUUUUGACCAUCAGCACGCGCGCCUCAUGCAUUCGAACCGGGCCGCGUCUCCCCCACUGGAGGGCGACGAAAAGGAGUUCACCCAGACUGCCAGUGCCGUUCGCGAGCGGGCCUCGGGGCAAAGAUCAGGCCAGCUCGAGAAGUCCAUCUCGGCGCUUUCGGAGGGGCUUAGCGAACUGGAUGAUGGAGCUAUGAGCAUUGCCGGGACUCCUGUAGAAGAUGGUCCGCUCUCAUCGAUCAGUGGGGACCGGAUGUCCGACAGUCCAGAUGUCGACUAUUUCUCCCACGGCGGGUAUUUGGAACAGUCUUCCCUACAGGAGCAACUGCGACAACAGCAAGACCUUGAUGAGGCUGCCGCUGUUGCUUUGUUUGGUACUUCACCCUCCCCAUCCCUCACGUCGGUGGCCUCAUCACUCUCGUCUGGCACGAGUGCGGCUUCGGACGAUGGCCUCGAUGUCGAAGUGAACGUAGACAGUGUGGCGACUGCACCACAGAUUAGUCUUCCGGAAGAUCCCGUUAUUGCGCCUGUGUCGGCACUGAAGCGGUCCAUCGACAUGCUCAACAGCGGGGUUCCAGACCUGGAUAUGAAGAUGUCGGAUCUGGUCGAGCAGGACAGUAAGAUGUCACUUGUUCCCAGGCCCGUCGCGGACACUGAUGUGGAGAUGGUUUUCGAUUCCUGGAGAGAGAUGCAGAAUCCAGAGACCGUCGAUGUCCACGAGCUCGAUGAGAUGUUCGGAGAGAUCUGA